GAUGUCAUCUAAUUUGCCUACUCCUGAUUCCACUUCAGAGCAAGUUAAUACGAAAAAUGCUGUUGGCGAUGAUGAUUUGAUAGAUGAAGAUGCUUUGUUGGAACCGAAAGAUUUGGAAAGACCAGAACAAAAAAGUGGUUGUGGACCUGCUAAGGAAGGUGGCGAACAAAAGAAGAAACGGGCUUGCAAAAAUUGUACCUGCGGUUUGGCUGAAUUAGAAGAUGUUGAAGAUGAAAAGGUGGAAGCGCCUCAGCUCAAAUCUGCUUGUGGAAAUUGUUACUUGGGCGAUGCUUUUCGAUGUUCUAAUUGUCCAUAUAUGGGAACUCCUCCGUUCAAACCUGAUGAGAAAGGAAAAGUGAUGCUUUCAAACGUUGACGACAUUUAA